UCAGCAGGUGGAGGACAGAAAGCGACACCUGCAGGUUGAUUUUUAUAUUAAUUCAUUCAUUUUAUUUAGUUAAUUAUCAGUUUAUGGACUUCACUCUGUGGAUGAAGGAUUUAUUUGGAGCAAACAGGAGCUUUUACUGGAACAAAGAUGGUUCAGAUAUUUGUCGCCACACAUGAAGCUGCUUUCAUAACCGGAGAACACGUUGACAACAUGGAGAUAUUUGUCGCCACAGAUGAAGCAUUGACGACAUGGAGAUACUUGCAUGCACAGAUGAAGCAUUGACGACAUGGAGAUUUCUGUGCAGAUUGAGCUGCAGAAAGCCGACUUCCUCCCUGAGGAAUGGGAGAGCAGAGUGACCCUGUGAGCUGACUCUGGGCUGGUUCAGCAGCCAGGGCUGUGGUGAACAAUCGGACCACCCCCCUUUUUACGAGCACAAGUGUCCUUGUCCUUGGCGAGGAGGCGAAGAAGAUGGAGUAUAAUUUGGAUGUACUCUAAUGGAAGCAUCCUGCAGGCUGUGAUGGAGCUCCAGAGGGAAUCAAGGCUGAAAAAGUGCAGCAGUGAAGCAGCGACGAGGCCGACAGUGAAGUCCGCCGGCGCUGGAGGUGAAAUCUGGCUGGUCAUGUGACUGGGAGUCCCCCCCGCAUGACCCUGGAGAGGAAAACAGCCCAUACCAACACAGGAGGCGGGCCUGCAUGUGUAGCACGAGAUGAUCAGCAGCAGCAGCGUCUAUGGCUUAAAGAUGCAGUGGACCCCCGAGCACAGCCAGUGGGCCGAACAGCACUUCGACAUCUCCUCCACCACGCGCUCCCCGGCCCACAAGGCUGAGGCCUACAGGGCGGUGCCCGGCCACCUGCAGCGCUCGGCCACCUACCAGUACGCCUGGGCCAACGACGACAUCUCCGCCCUCACCGCCUCCAACCUGCUCAAGAAGUAUGCCGAGAAGUACUCGGGCAUCCUGGAGAUGCCGGGCGCCUACCCCGAGGGUCCCGGGGUCAUGAACGGACGGAAAGGGGAGUCGGAGCCGUGGCAGGACGGCGUCUACCCCAUGAGCUGCAUCCCCGAGGGGGUCUCGGUGAGGAAGGGCGGGGUGGCGGCGGCCUCGGAGGUGGUGUCCGGCAUGUGCAGCUCCCCCGGCCUGGCGUCCAGCACGCUGAGCGAGCCCAGCUACUCCAGCAGCAGCUGCGGGAGCCACGCCGCCACCGCCCUGCACACCUCCUCCAUGGGCUCUCAGGAAUACGGACCCCCGUACAGCAGCUCCUACCUGCACAGCAGCUACAGCUCCCAGUCGGCCCCCGCCCCGGCCCUCCCCUCCCCGCUGCACAGCUCCGGGCUCCUGCAGCCCCCUCCUCCGCCGCCCUCCCACCCCACUUUGGUCCCGGCGUACAACGGGGGCUCCCCCAACUUGUCUAGUUAUAAUUACCCCCCAGCAGGCUACCCGGCUCAGAGCUCAGUGGGCCCAGGAUACAGCCCUGGGGGAGCCCCUCCUCCGUCCUCGUACCUGCCCUCAGGCAUCGCUGCCCCCACCCCCCUCCCCCCCUCCUCUACUCUACCUGGAUACCCCUACCAGAGCCACAACCUGACCCCCAUCGCCCCGACGCCCCUCAACAGCAGCUCCUCCAACUCCCUGAAGAGGAAAGCCUUCUACAUGACGGGCCAGGGGGAGAUCGACUCCUCCUACGCUAACUUCGGCUACGGCCAGGCGCGGAGCUCCGCCGAGAGCCCCAUGUACCGGAUAGCGGACAGCAGCAGCGCCAACGGAGGCUCCAACAGCGCCGGAGGAGGUGGCGGCGGCGGCUUCGACCGGAGCGCCGACAAGUCGUUCAACCCUCAGAAGCAGUCGGCGAUGACCUCGGAGCAGCAGAGGAAGUACAGCAGCCAGGCGGCGGGAGGCGGGCCCCUGACCCCGCCCGCCUACGUCACCUCCACGCUGGGCGGCUCCCGCUCCGCAGACUCCCUCGCCAGCUUCACGUCCCCGUCCCUCAGCGAGCAAGGUGGAGACGACCACCGCCUGCACCUGUCCCACUCCGCGCCGGGGCCGACCUCCUCCUCGUCCUCGUCCUCCUCCCGGCCGGCCGAGGAGCAGCUAAAAACCAGCGACCCGCACCUCCUGGACAUGGUGACGUCUGAGAUCGUGCAGCAGGGCCCCCCGGUGGACUGGAGCGACAUUGCGGGCCUGGAGCUGGCCAAGGCCACCCUGAAGGAGGAGGUGCUGUGGCCCAUCCUGCGCCCGGACAUGUUCAGCAGCUUGGUGCCGGCCCCGCGCUGCGUGCUGCUGUUCGGGCCCCGGGGCAGCGGCAGGACGUUGCUUGGGCGCUGCCUGGCGAGCCAGCUGGGGGCGCCGUUCCUGCAGCUCAACGGCUCCACGCUGGCCACCAAGUGGCUGGCGGAGGGCGAGAAAAUCAUCCGGGCGUCCUUCCUGGUGGCGCGCUGCCGGCAGCCGUCGGUGCUCUUCAUCAGCGAGGUGGACAUGCUUCUGUCAGCGCACCUCAGCGAGGAGAGCCACAUCAACCGGCUGAAGGGCGAGCUGCUCGCACAGCUCGACUCCCUCCUCAUGGGCUCCGGGGACGACGAAGGCAACCAGGUGCUGGUGGUCUGCUCCACCAGCCGGCCCCAGGACAUGGACGAGGGGCUGCGCAGGUACUUUGCUCGCCGGGUCCUGGUGCCGCUGCCGGACGGCGCCGCCCGGCACCAGAUCGUGAGCCAGCUCCUGGCUCAGUCUCAGCACAAGUACUGCCUGAGCGAGGAGGAGCUGGCGCUGCUGGUCCAGCGCUCCGAGGGCUUCUCCGGCCUGGACCUGGCCCGGCUGUGCCAGGAGGCGCUGGUGGGGCUGCUGCACGUCUCCGCGCAGGGCAUGGACAUGUCGGGCAUGAUGCCCCGCGGACAGGUCCGGCCCCUCACCUACCAGGACUUUGAGAGUGUCUUUUGUAAAUUCCAAGCCAGUAUAUCACAGAAAGAGAUUGACACGUACACGGAGUGGAACAAAAUGUUCGGCUGCAGCCAGUGAGGAGAUAGAUUCCGCCCUUGAGAAAAAGAGGCAUCCACAAUUCCUCCCCUCAGGGCAGAAGCAUUGUGCUGGAGGGAAAGGCACA